UGAUUCGGUUAUCGUCGCCAUAAUAGAGAAAUUCCGCUAUGAGCGCCACAUAUGCGUUCGCCCAACAAAAUCGCAACAACCGUAAAAAUACGUGAACAUUUACUAUUAGGUACUAGGUAUAUAGGUAGUUUAUUGUAAAAUUUUUUUAUAUUAAUUUAAUUUCAUUAUUUAUCAUGCCGGGACACAGGUGCAUCGUACCAGGAUGUAAAUCUGGUUACGACUCCUGUGUCAAUAAAUACCAUUUUUUCACUGUCCCAAAAGAUCUGGCUAAACUUGAACUAUGGAAAAAAGCUAUACCGAGGAAAGAAUUUGUAUUUAAACCAAGGCAAGUGGUUUGUGAAUUACAUUUUCACGAAGAAGAUAUAAUAAGGACAAAAAAAAUUACAGACAUAAAUGGGAAAAUUGUCGUAGAGGCGCCAUAUAAAAUUCCUCGACUUAAAGAAAAUGCAGUGCCAUCAAUUUUCCCAAACUGUCCAAAAUAUUUAUCAAGGCCAUUAAAACAUAGAAAACCACCAUUAUUGAGAAUAAAUCCUGAUUAUAUUAAAAAAAAUAAUAAUCUGAUUAAUCAAGAAAACAUAAUUACUGUUCAAAAUAAUAUCCAACUAUUGUCAUUUUCUAGGAUUCAGGAAAAUAUUAACAGUAUAGUUAUUCCUAAAGGCUGGAGUACACAUAUUAUUGAAAAACAACUCAUAAUGUUUUCUUAUUACUCUAUUAAAAUAGAAAAACAGCCAACUUACAUACCUACACCAUUUAUAUUUAAAAGAGUUUGUGUAGGUAUUAACUUGAAUAUUAAAUGUUAUAAAUUUGGCCUGGAAAAAAUAUGUAGUAUUGCAGAAUUAGAAGAGUUAGUAAAAACAUUUGAUAAUUCAAGUAUUUGCAGUGGAUUUAAAGUAGAUGACGAUAUUCAAAGUCAAAAAACCUUCAUUGACUUGGCUGGUACACAAAGACACUUCAUGUGCCAAUAUAUUUUGGAAGGUUCUAAAAAGUGUGAACAUUGUACACGUGCUGAACGAAGUCUUAAUCGCCAAAAACUAAGAUUGAAAAUAAAUAAUACCCCACAUAGAAUUAGACUUUUAGUUAGCCAUAGAUAUAGGAAUCAACUACAACGACUUCGCAUGAGACACAAUGUUACAAGAAAUAAGAAAAAUCGAACCAUGAUAUUAAAUAAAAAGUUUAAAAAUAAUAUUUUUAAUUUACAAAAACAAAUUUCAGAAUUAACUUCUAUUAGCCUUGAAGAAAGAUUGCUCAAAAAUGCAGUUCCAAAUAACCAACGAAUUGCUUUGCUUCAAAUUUUAUCUGCAUCACAAGUCAAUAAUAAAAAAGGAUGUAGGUACUCUGAAGAUUGGUUGCUAUUAUGUAUACUGUUUCAUAUGCGUUCUCCUUGCGGUUACAAUUUUAUUAGAAAUCAUGAUAUUAUGCCUUUACCUUGUGUAAGGACCAUAAGGAGGUAAAUAAGUA